CCAUUGAAUUACAGUACUCCUCAACUUUAAUCAGCUGCAAUGGCGUCUAAACUGUUGAAUAUUGCCCUUGCAGUCUUCGCAAUUGUUCUUCCCGCUGUGGCCAUGGCAACUGAGUUUACUGUUGGGGAUGAUCAAGGUUGGACCAUUAAUUUCGACUACGAAGCUUGGGCCAAGGACAAAGUAUUUCGGGUUGGCGAUGAACUAGUCUUCAAAUACACGGCGGGGCGGCACAAUGUCUUCAAAGUGAAUGGUACCGUCUUCACGAACUGCACUAUACCACCACCAAAUGAAGCUCUUACCACUGGAAAUGAUGUGAUUACACUGGCCACCCCUGGAAGGAAGUGGUAUAUUUGCGGUGUAAACGACCAUUGUGCCAACUACGGACAGAAGCUUGCCAUCACUGUGCUGGAAGAGUGGGCGUCUCCUGCACCGGCCCCCUCCCCCUCCACCACCACAGCACCAGCACCCAGUUCUGCUUAUGGGAUCUCGGUGUCUGGGCAUUAGCUUCUGAUGGCAACCACGGCUGCUGUUGCUUUCCUUCUUGUUUAAUCUGUUCUUAGAGGAUUGCCUUCGAUCAUCUAGCUAAUUUCAUUUGGUCUAAUGGUUUUUGUUUAAAUUAUAUUUCAUACGUAAAGAAAAUGGUAGAUUGAAGUUGUGAGAGAUGGAAGAAAUAAAUGAAGAUCAAUAUGUACGAGAUGAAUUUAAUUUGAGUGAGAGUAAGACAUUUUCUUUUUCUUCUAUAUAUUAUUUUUUAUUAUCUUUA